AGGUCCAAUGAAAUUCAAAAUUGAGGAAUAUGAUGGGAGCUUGCCUAAGCUUAUUCCAAGGCCACAGUCAUGGACAAAGUGACUGGAAAUUUGUUUAUCAAACCCAUCGAUUUAUUAGAAAGUGGCUUGCUGAGAACCCGGAAUUUGUUUCAAAUAAGUUCUACAUGGCAGCUGAUUCAUACUCCGGCAUUCCUGCUCCUCCUAUUACUCAAGAGAUCGCUGAUGGAAAUGAAAGAGGUCUCGAACCCCGGAUAAAUCUCCAGGGAUAUAUACUAGGAAACCCUCUAACAUCAAGAGAAGAAGAUAAUGAUCGGAUCCCUCAUGUUCAUGGAAUGGGACUUAUCUCUGAUGAACUAUAUUGGUCCUUGAAGAAAACUUGUAAAGGGAACAUUAUAAAUGUGGAUUCCACAAAUAAAUUGUGUGUAAAUGACAUGGAAUACUAUCAUGAGCUCCUUGAAGACGUUGAAUUGUACAACAUUUUGGAGAUAUAUUGUGUUCAUCUUCAUGAUCCUGUCAAAGGAACAAGAUGGAGCCCCAAAAGAUCUCUAUCUGAGAAGAAGAUAAAGGCUUAUUCGGUGCCGGAUAUUCGCUGUCCGAUUUAUGAUUACUUCCUUUGUACGGAAUGGAUGAACAAUCCAGCUGUCCGCAGCGCAUUGCAUAUUCGAGAGGGAACUAUAGAGAAAUGGAAAGUAUGUUAUAGCGACAAUUACGUACAUGACAUCCGUAGCAGCGUUCCGUUUCAUGCAAAUCUCAGUGCAAAAGGCUACCCUUCCUUGAUAUACAGUGAAGAUCACGACGCUGUGAUUCCUUUCUCGUCGACUCAACGAUGGAUAAGGUCUCUAAAUUACUCGAUCGUAGAUGAUUGGAGGCCAUGGUAUUUAAAUGACCAAGUUGCGGGAUACACGAGGACUUACUCGAAUCAAAUGACAUUUGCAACUAUAAGAGGUGCAGGACAUACAUCUCAGGAGACUAAGCCAGACGAAGGUUUUGUCAUGUUCGCUAGAAAAAAAACGUCGACGCCAUUAGUCACAAAACCAUGGUGAUGUGCAGCGGAGGCCUAAUACAAAUAGAUUUGGAUCUUCUAAAGUUUAAAUUUCACUUUAAAGAGUAAAGUACAAUCUUCUACUCUUAAAUAUUUUCUCUUUCAUAUUUAUUUGUGGUCUCACCUAUAAAAUCAAUGGUAAGAGAUCACACUUUACACUCUAAAGUAAAAUUCAAACUUUAGAAGAUUUAAAUAGAUCUAAUACAAAUGGUAUAUUUAUAUGUCUCUUGCAAGAUAUAUCUGGGUUCAAGUCUGGAGUCUUACUAA